GGUCGGCUUUCUGCGCGGUCACUGCGAAACAAUGCGCUAAGGGAGCGGGAUGAAGCUGGCGUCGGAACCGCUCCUCCAACUCAAGGCAGCGGCGGCGCGGGGGGGAAGACCUUUUCUCUGGACCGUUUUCUAUUUUACCUGUUUCCUAGGAUUUGCACAGGGAAGUCCUGAAGAUGUGGACGUUCUCCAGAGGCUGGGGCUGCUGGGCCCCAGUUCCCGCUCCGUUCCUCAGGGAGUCAUCCCGUUCAAGCUGGGCGUCAUCCUCACCCAGCGGGCGCGCGUCGAGGUGCCCGUCCGGGAGGUCCUUCCCGCGGCCUUCGGCACCGACGUGGCCCUGGUGCUGAGCCUGUGCUCCCACCGGGUCAACAGCGCAUUCCUGUUCGCGGUCAAGAGCAAGAGGAAGAGGCUGCAGCUGGGCGUGCAGCUCAUCCCGGGGAAGGUGAUCGUCUACGUGGGCCACCAGCGCUCGGUGUACUUCGAUUACAAUGUUCACGACGGGCGGUGGCACAACCUGGCCCUUGACAUCCGUGGCCAGGAGGUCACCCUGCUCACCUCGUGUGGGAAGCAAAGGGUUCGUGCGGAUCUGCAGCACAGGAAGGACAAGGCGCUGGAUCCGGGGGGGUCCUUCCUCCUGGGGAAGCUCAACCAGCACUCAGUACAGUUCGAAGGGGCCCUCUGCCAAUUUGAUAUUUAUCCUUCUGCCAAGGCAGCUCAGAAUUACUGUAAGUACCUGAAAAAGCAGUGCAGGCAGGCAGACGCCGACCGACCGCAGCUCCCGCCUCUUGUCCCGCUGCUGCCGAAGGAGCCGAGAGCUUCCGAAAUGAACGCGCCUCUGUCAGAGCUCUUCUUCCUGGGCUCGACGAACCUGACCACUGUGCUUCCCCCCUCCCUGCUCUCCAAGGCCCCCACGCCCCAGAGGAACAGGGAAGCGGGGGCUGCACCCACCUCCACCGCCGCCACCACCUCCGCCAAGCCACCGGUCCGGCCACCAACCACCAGAGCCAGCAAAACCGUAGCCACGUCCUUGCCCCUCCAGCCGGGAGCUGAAGCCCAGCUGCCUACCCAGACGCUCCGUUGGGCUGUCACAGUAGCCAGUCCGACGUCCAAAGCAGCUCGCCAGGCCACCGCAGCCCCCGGGGCGUCUCGUCCCGCUUCCAACGCGAGUUCGGAGAGAACCCAUUUGCCUUCCAAGAAGGGCUCUCCCCUUACGCUCCCGAGCACAGCCGCGAGCUCCGAAGCAAGCAGCAGCGCAAAGGGGGUGGCAAAGGGGACCAAAAGGACGGGCAGCGGGGGCCAAAGCAGAGCUGCCAAGCCCUCUCAGCUGCCUACCACUCCGAAGCCCUGGACAAAGACGACCACGGAGCGUGCGUCCAGCAGCUUCCCUCCAGGGACCCCGAAGCGCCGGCUGGAGAGCGUGACGCAGAGCCCCGUACCCAAAAGGUUGUUGACAGUCACGCCUCCAAAGAAACCAAGUCUCGCUGCAGCCACCGUCACUUAUACUAAGCCAACUCCCAGAGCGGUUUAUCCUGUUCUCAGAGCAAGUGUGCCAAAUGCUAAUUUAACAACUCCGGCCGCCACUGACGGGUACCAGCUGUUCGACCCGAUUGGACCCACUCCCUUCCCAUUUGUUGUGGGGCUUCCUGGGCAGAAAGGAGACCAUGGUGCUCCGGGCCCCCCAGGCCUGCCCGGUUUACCAGGACCGCCUGGCAAGAGAGGCCCGCGGGGUCUUCCUGGGCCUCAUGGGAACCCCGGCCGGCCUGGUCCACCUGGUGCUAAGGGCCAGAAAGGUGAUCCUGGAUUAUCGCCUGGAAAAGCACGGAAUGGUCAGAAGGGUGAUGUUGGCUUACCUGGAUUGACCGGGCUUCCUGGGCCACCUGGUAGGAAGGGACAGAGAGGAUACCUUGGCCCGUCUGGUCAUCCUGGAGACCAGGGUGAACGAGGGCUCGACGGAAACCCGGGUGCCAAAGGUUAUCCUGGCAGGCAGGGCCUACCUGGACCGAUAGGGGAACCUGGUCCAAAGGGAAGCCGGGGAUACAUCGGCUCUCCAGGAUUGUUCGGGCUGCCAGGAGCUGAUGGAGAACGAGGGGUCUCCGGAGUGCCUGGGAAGAGGGGCGAGAUGGGUAGGCCGGGCUUUCCUGGUGAUUUUGGGGAACGCGGACCUCCAGGCAUGGAUGGCAACCCAGGGGACAUGGGAGCGUUGGGUCCUCCUGGAGUUCACGGGCUCAUCGGUGAUAUGGGCGCUGUUGGACCGCUAGGUUUUCCAGGACCAAAAGGAUUAAAGGGGCUGAUGGGAAAUCCUGGAGAACAUGGACUGAAAGGUGAUAAGGGCGAACAGGGAGUGCCUGGUGUCCCAGGAGAUGAUGGAUUUCAAGGGGACAAGGGUAGCCAAGGCCUACCGGGGAUGCCAGGUGCCCGAGGAAAGCCAGGGCCAGUUGGGAAGAUCGGCGACAAAGGCCCCAUUGGAAUUCCGGGACCCCCUGGUCCUGAGGGAUUUCCAGGCGACAUUGGCCCACCAGGACAAAAUGGCCCGGAAGGCAUUAAGGGAAAACCUGGCGCACGGGGAUUGCCUGGUCCCACAGGCCAACCUGGCCAAGAGGGUGAUGAAGGGCCAGUGGGACCACCUGGCAAUCCAGGGGCAGAGGGUCCACGUGGCCGGAAGGGAUUUCCAGGCAAACCAGGUUCUGAGGGCUUAAAGGGUGAACCCGGGAAUCCAGGUCGAACGGGACAAGUGGGCGAUCAGGGUCUGAUGGGCUUCAUUGGUCCAGUAGGGGAACCGGGAAUCAUCGGGGAGAAGGGGGACCGGGGCUCCGUAGGAUUGCCAGGACCUGAGGGCGUCAAGGGAUCGAUGGGGCACCCUGGAAUUCCUGGAGGUGUCGGGGAGCUGGGCCCCCCAGGACCACCGGGUCCUACCGGAGUUCGUGGGCCCCCAGGAACAAGAGGCCCAAAGGGUCGCCGGGGUGCUCGAGGAUUUGAUGGGCCCGUGGGCGAACCAGGGGCCCAAGGCGCCAAGGGCCUUCCAGGGAAUCCAGGCAAAGAUGGCCCAGAUGCUCAGCAGGGAAAGGCUGGAGAGAUGGGUGAAGCAGGACCUCGUGGCUUCCCUGGGAUCCAAGGACCUUCCGGACCGCAAGGAGCAAAGGGGCCCCUGGGAGACCCGGGUCCUCAGGGAGUUCAAGGUCCACCUGGGCCAUUGGGAGACGUCGGACAUAAGGGACCGCCGGGCUCAGUGGGACGGCGUGGCCUUCCAGGGGAACCCGGCAUCAAGGGUGACCUUGGACCGUUUGGGGUUCCUGGAGAGCAAGGCCUCGUUGGUCAACGGGGUGACGCAGGCUUGGAGGGGGACAGUGGCCCUCUUGGACCAGAUGGGCUGAAGGGGGACAAAGGAGAAGCCGGCCCAGAAGGAGAAAGAGGAGAAAAGGGGCAGGAAGGCAUCAAAGGAAAGGAAGGACUUCCGGGAUAUCCUGGGCCCACGGGUGUUCGAGGACCAGAAGGAAGACCUGGCCGACAAGGGGAAAAAGGGAAAACUGGACUUAAGGGCAGCAAAGGGCAUCAGGGGCAACUUGGAGAAAGCGGCCCACCAGGCAAGAUGGGAUCAAAGGGGACCCAAGGCCCGAAAGGAUCCAGAGGUACCCUAGGACCGAUGGGUGCUCCAGGCCGCAUGGGACUCCAAGGAGAGCCUGGCUUGAAGGGCUACCAGGGGCACACAGGACCCCCAGGCCCAAUUGGACCACCUGGAUCCAAAGGUGAAAAGGGAGAACAAGGCGACGAUGGGAAGAUUGAGGGCCCUCCUGGAUCACCUGGAGACAGAGGUCCCCCCGGUGACAGAGGUGACCGUGGCGAGUCCGGAGACCCUGGUUAUCCUGGUCAAGAAGGCCUCGAUGGGGAAAGAGGAAGCCCUGGGCAAGAAGGUUUACUUGGCCACCUGGGACCACCAGGCCAGCCUGGGCUGAAAGGAUCUAAAGGCAGUCUGGGUCAGAAAGGAAAGCCGGGUUUGCAGGGAGCCAGAGGGAGCCAUGGCCCACCGGGUCUUGUGGGCUUGCCUGGUCCUCGAGGAGUCGUGGGGAGGCAGGGCCAAGAGGGCCCCCCCGGGCUUGACGGCAUUCCCGGGAAAGACGGAGGCCUGGGGCAAAAGGGCGAACAAGGUGAGGAUGGAGACGAGGGCACGCCAGGAAUAUCAGGGAAUAGAGGGAAUCCCGGUGUGCUUGGACUUCCAGGGGCUCAGGGCCCCCCAGGAUUCAAGGGAGAAAGGGGAUUACUUGGACAGGCUGGCCCCUUGGGAAAACGAGGCCCCCCAGGAGGGAUGGGUCUUCCCGGAAUCCCUGGUGAGCCUGGAUCAAAGGGGCAGCAGGGAGACUUUGGUGAAUCAGGAUUUCCAGGGAUCGCCGGGCUGUUCGGGCCAAAGGGUCCUCCAGGAGAUCUUGGGUUCAAAGGAAUCCAGGGCCCCAGAGGUCCCCCAGGGCUCAUGGGAAAGGAAGGCGUCCUUGGUCCACUGGGGAUUCUCGGUCCGACUGGAAGCCCUGGCCCCAAAGGAGAGAAAGGCAGCCGUGGCGAGACGGGACUACAAGGUCCAAGGGGCCCACCAGGCCCUCGAGGGCCCCCUGGACCACCGGGUCCUCCAGGAAUCCGGGCGAUGUUUCAGCAAGAUGGCUUCGGUGCCGCUUUCCAGCCUGUGAUGAGCACCAGCGAUCUGUUCAAGCCUGAGAACUACCCGCACUCGGACUUUCCUGUGCUAGACCAGGGAGGAGAGAUCUUUAAGACACUGCACUACCUCAGCGCUCUGAUCCAGAGUAUCAAGAAGCCCCUGGGAACCAAGGACAAUCCGGCGCGCAUCUGUAGAGACCUUAUGAACUGUGAACAGAAGGUGCAGGAUGGCACCUACUGGAUUGAUCCGAACCUUGGCUGUUCUUCAGACAGCAUCGAAGUCACCUGCAACUUCACCCAGGGGGGUCAGACGUGCCUCAGCCCCAUCACUGCCUCCAAGUUGGACUUCGACGUCGGAAGAGUGCAGAUGAAUUUCCUUCACCUCCUGAGCUCUGAGGUAGUUCAGAACAUCACUGUCCACUGCCAGGACACCCCUGUGUGGCAGGAAGGACCGCUGGAGACAGCCCUGCGCUUCAAGGCUUGGAACGGGCAGAUCUUCGAAGCGGGCGGGCAGCUCCGGCCCGGCGUGCUGUCGGACGACUGCCAGGUUCAGGAUGGACAGUGGCACCGGGCUCUCUUCACCUUCCGGACCCAGGAGCUGCACCAGCUGCCGAUAGUUGACAUCUUCAACCUUCCACCUCACGCGCUGGGGAAGCAGUACCUCCUCGAGGUCGGACCUGUGUGCUUUCUCUAGACGGAGCCUUCGCAGUGCUUCAGGCCCCGGCCUCUGUGUCGUUUGGAGAUGCUGCAUCUUGGCACAGGUCUUGUCCGUCACCUCUGUGAGCCGAGAGCGACCAGGUCUUGAGCGUGUGGACUGUGUGCAAUCACAGUGGACGCUCGGACUCUCCUUCCCCGGAAUCAGGCGGGGAGAAUACCUUGGCUCUGGUAGAGACAUGACUUAACCAACGGAGUUGAAGGUGCUGAAGGGAAGGCCAGUUGAACAAGACAGUUCUGCACCCAAAGAUUUGCUUUUCUUCCUUCAGCCAAAGAAAAGUUACGCAGAGAAGCCCAGUUCGUGCUGCCCCGUUGCCAUCUUACCGAACGCAACAGGCAGGGCUUUGUGGAACAAACUAGGAAGGAGGCUAGGAAAGGAAGCUUUUGCAAACUAUUUUCAUCUGCUUGUUGUUCUGGAACAGGAAGCAUUUUGAAGUGCAAUAUUAGAGAGAAAGAAAAAAGAUAUAUAUAGAGAGAUAUAUUAUUUAAGGCAAAAAUAAAACCAAGUGAGAUCCUUCUUCCCUUUGUUGGGGGGAAACAUCCCUUUUCGUCUGUAUGAGGAGGAAAUACCUAAAGCAGGAAAGAGGUGAGAAGAGAUUGGUGCUAAAUUAAAAAAGAGAGAGAGGGAGGGAGAGGGAAUGGGCUCGUUUAAUUUGAUUCUACCUCUCACUGUGAAAUACCCUGGUGCUCUUUUAUUUUUUAAGAAGAAGUGUGUUAUUUUAUAUAUGACUAAAACUAUUUAAGGUUCGAAGGUUCGAAGAGGUGCUAUAGUGUCUCAUUAAACCGCCACCCCAUACAUCCCAGUUUUAGUGCGCUCCCUUUAGAAUGGGAGCAGUGGGGAAGGGAGAGUGGGGGUGUUGAGAUCAUCCGCGCAUGAACUAAAAAUGGACUUUUAACUUAAAAGUGCAUAAAAUCUUCUAAGGGGUUUUCUAUGUUCUUUGGAAUCCAGGUUUCAUUCAAGUUCCUUUGUCAUGGGUGUGUUAAAGCGCAUCUUUGGGAUUUUUUUUAAGAGAAAGAACUGAGCUUAUUUAAAAAACACACUUUUUUCUGGUUUUAUAUAUGUAAGUAUUGUAUGCACAUGUGCCGUGGGUUUGUGCGUAUUGUGUGUUCGGGACAGCUCACUCAUCCAAGCGGCUCAGCCGCGAGGGUCGCCAUGGCGGAAAGAAGAGACGACGCUAAUCUGUUUUUGCUUCUGUUCUUUAAAUAGUUUGGCUGCGUUUCUGCCUGCGUUGGCUCUGGUUGUGCUGUUCAUGCGCAUUUUCUGUUGCAGUGACUUCUGGUUCUGAGCACCCACGUCUCUUGGUUACGCACGGGAAUAAAAAGCACUCUUUGGGGAGGGGGGCUCUUCCUAUCACACCCAAUUUCAGAAAUAUCUUGUUGCUUGUCUGCCCAGGAAUCUUGGAUGGGCUUUGUUUUUUGUUCCUUGUUCUGUUUUGUAGAAACCUAGACUCUAUAUGUAAAUUUGGAGUUUAAAAAAAGAAAGAAGAGGGAAUUAAUAUUAUGGCAAUCGUUUUAUUCUAUAUAAGGAAUGUAAUAUUAAUGUAAUCGGGGCCGUACUGUAUUUGAACUGCUUUGGUACCUGUUUUUGGAUUUCUGUGUUUCGGAAAAUAUAUGUGAGUCUUAA